AUGAAUCGAGGGCAAGCGCAGCACCACACCUGCGGGGAGGCCCUCAUCAUUGUUUUUGUUCGAGCUGCUGGAGUAGUAGAGAGGCAUUUCCUUGCCUUCGGUCCCGUUCUCGCAUGCUGGUGCCGGGGUUCGUCCCUUGCGCUUGCCUACAGCCUUGCUGCAGACUCGGACGCGUCGCGGUCCCGACCGACGGCCGGCGGCGGCGGCGCGACGACCAACAAAACACGCUCGGCCAUUGUCCUGAUAUCCAUCAGGUGCUCGUUGCGUCGUUGCACGUCAGCCGUGUCCACAGCAGCGCCGCCAGACACCUGCAGAGUCCGCAUGUUGGCUUGGCGGCGGCAGCUGUGA